AUGAAGCCAGCCAUCCACAUCGCCAAACCGCACCGCGGUGAGGCCUCGGAGAAGCGCGAUCCAGCCACCACCCAGGCCUGGCUGAUAGGGAGUGGCAUCGCCUCGCUGUCCGCGGCGGUGCACCUCAUCCGCGAUGCAAACGUGACCCCAUCGCACAUCCACAUCCUCGACGUGCAUUCCCACGCGGGUGGCGGCAUCACAGGCUGCGGCAAUGCCCAGGACGGCUACGUCCUGUAUACAGGCAGCCUGCCCUACUUCCACGACCGCUGCGUCGAGGAGCUCCUUUCUCUCGUCCCCAGCCUCGACAACCCGGAGAAGUCGCUCCUGGACUCCAUCAAGGACGCCGACCGCCAUGCGACUGUGCCCCAGAAGCAGAAAUCCACCACCCGGCUCAUCCGGCAGGGGAAGGACGGUCCAGAAUGCGUCCAUAUCAACAGCCUGCAGAUCGGGCCCAAGUACCGCAUGGAACUCAUGCGGAUUAUGCUCGAGAACGAACGCUCGCUCGGGGACGGCGCCAUCCGCGAUUACUUCGACGAGGCGUUCUUCAAGACCAACUUCUGGAUGCAGUGGUCCACGACCUUCGCCCUGCAACCCUGGCACAGCGUGGCGGAAUUCCGGCGCGGACUGUGCAAGCACCUGGCGGACAUCGAACACCUCAACGACAUCAAACCGCUGGACCGGACCAAAUACACGAUCUACGAAUCGAUCAUCCAGCCGAUCUCGAGCUACCUCGAGCGCAUCGGGGUGGACUUCCACUUCCACGCGCGGGUGACGCGACUCGAAACGCACCCCGACUCGCCGCACACCGUGACCAACAUCGUUCUCACCGACACCGACACGAAAGACCCGAUCGAAAAGUCCAUCGUGGUGGCGCCCAGCGACAUCGUCCUGGCCACCCUGGGCUCGACCUCCACCGGCACCCAAACCGGCACCAACACCACAUCCCCCAAACCCAGCUCCCCCUCCACCGACAAAGACAGUGCCUGGACCCUGUGGCACUCCCUCUCCGAAGCCUUUCCCAACGCCCAAUUCGGCUCCCCCUCCCACUUCACCUCCCACACCCCACAAACAACCCUAACCACAUUCACCACAACCCUGCACGACACCCCCUUCCUGACCCUCUACUCCACCCUCACAGCCACCGACCCGGGCACCACUGCGCUCCUCACCCUCUCCAGCAGCCCUUGGUGCCUCAGCCUCAGUAUCCCCGCCCAGCCCGUCUGCCCGGACCAGCCGUCCUCCACGCACGUCAUCUGGGGAUACGGCCUGCAUCCGCUCGCACAGGGCACCUUUGUCCCGAAGCCCAUGACCGCCUGCACGGGCGAGGAGAUCGCCACAGAGGUCUUCUCGCACCUCGGCUUGCCGGUCGACGAGCUGCUCCCCAGGUCCAAUACCAUUCCGUGCGUGAUUCCGUUGGCCACGGCGCCUCUCCUGCCGCGGAAGAUGGGCCAGAGGGCGGAGGUCGUGGCGGGGGGCAAUCUGGCGCUGGUGGGCCAGUUCGUCGAGAUUACGGAUGAUACUACUCUCAGCAUGGAGUAUAGUGUCAGGGGGGCGCAGAUGGCGGUCGGCGAGGUGAUGGGGUUGGAGAGGAAGGUGCCGCGCAUCGAAAGGCAUAUGUUGUUGAGUGUGUUUGAUUUGUUGGGCGGCGCGUAG